UUUAAAUUGUAUUAAAUUUUGACUUUGAGUUUGUGCUUAGAAUAAUUUUUUCUUGUUUUUUUUUGGAAUUAUAUUGACAAAACCUGAGCCUAUGAAAAUGUCUCAACUACGCUCAACGAAUAUUUCGACCAUUUUUUUGGUCAUUAUUUUUAUUGUUCAUUGCGUUUGUUUAUCAUCCGCAUCACCAACAACAACGAAAGUAAUUUCAAAGAAACGAUUAAUGGCCCGGAUGGCAUUAAAUCAACAAACAGUCGAAUUAGCUGAAUCGAUUAAAACUGCAUUGGAAAAAUCGGAAACAAUGUUAAAAGAAUCACCAUGUAAUGGUCAUAAUAAAGUUGAAACAUUAGUACCAGAAAGUGGAAAUAUUCAUAAUACAUUUUGGAAAAUGAUUAUGACCGAUGAACGAGCAUAUUUAAAAUCAUUGGAAAAACGAUUAAAAUUUUCAGCCGAACAUUUAAAUAAUCCAUUUUUACAUAAAUCAACUGAAUUCUUAAUCAAUGAUAUGGAAUUAAUGAUGAAAUUUUUUCCAUUUCUUUGUGAUCUAAUCAAUGGUGAUGAAGAUGAUGAUGAUGUUGGAUUAUCUGGUUUAAGUGAUUCUAUUGAUGAACUUAUUGAAGGUGCUGAAAUUGAAGCAAAUUUUCUAAUGCAUGAAGAUCGACGUUCCGAAUCGGAUCAAAUUUAUGAUCGAUCAAAAUUUUUACGUGAUCGUUUACAUGAUUUACAGACAAAAAAAUUAUCUGAUAAUCCUCAAGAUAUUUAUAAUGCAUUGAAAAAUCUUUUCAUUGAAAUUGCAAAAUUUGAACAUUUUGUUUUAGAUUUACAGAAACAUUUUAGCGUUAAUUAUGCUAAUAUUGAUUAUUAUAAUUAUUAAUUUCACAAGGUGAAAACCACAAAGACAAUUUUAUUUAAAAAAUAAAAAAUUUUUAUUACAAAAUUUC